AUUCAAAGGCUUUUCCUGUUUUAAACAAGUAGCAUGUUGAGCAACCACAAGAUGGUGAUGAGGAUGCUGGUGAUUUCUUUUCAAGCCUUUUUCGUAUGCCCAAUUUUGAAUAGAGAAGGUAAUGAAGAUGUUCCCCCCAUCAUUUUACCAAGGUUUGCAAGGCUCAAGGUUUCAUCUCAAUCCAGCUCACUCAUUGAUUACUCUUUAUGUUAUGGCCUCUUGUUACAUAGUUUCCAUAUAGUCCAGCAGAUUAACCCUGACAACAAGAAACAGAGGUCUCCUUUCAUGUUUCCUUUAUUUGAGGAGAACCACCAGCUAAGCAUCACUUGUUGGAGCAUGGGGUUUCCCUGCACCAUAGGGGCAUUAAAACACAUUGAAAGGGACAAGGUGUAUUAGUCAAGAUACCCAUGCGUUGGAGAUUAUUUGGGAAGGGGAGUACGUUGUUGAAGAAACGCCAACGGAAAAUGCUGAUUUUGCCCAUUUGUCUCUUAUCCCCGAUGUAGACACAAGUGACUUGUUUAGGCUGAUGAUCAAAGUCUUAAAAGGUUUCUGCAAUCAGCCUUAGUAAAGAGAAUGAUGUCAU